AUGAAUCAACAACAACAACAACAACAACAACAACAACAACAACAACAACAACAACAACAACAACAACAACAACAACAACAACAACAACAACAACAACAACAACAACAACAACAACAACAACAACAACAACAACAACAACAACAACAACAACAACAACAACAACAACAACAACAACAACAACAACAACAACAACAACAACAACAACAACAACAACAACAACAACAACAACAACAACAACAACAGCAACAACAACAACAACAACAACAACAACAACAACAACAACAAGAACAACAACAAGAACAACUAUCAGGUUUAACCUCGUUCAAAGAGUUUCUCGCCCGCCGUUCCACCACCACCAGCACCACCACCACCCACAGCAUAAACCUCGAGUGUAUGAGUGACGAGUACAACAUGAACCGUCGACGAUCAUUUGGUCGAGGAGGAGCAGGGAAUAUCCGUUCCCGAGAAGAAGCUGUAACUUUCCCUCCCAUCAUCAUGUUCACGCCCAUGUCCAUGUCCACGUCUAUCCGCUCCAGCAUGAUCCACCAUCAUAUUGAUCAUGAACCGGGUUCCGGUGGUGGCGACGAAAGCGAAACCGCAAGCGCAAGCACCUCAGACAACAUGGAAACCAGCGGGGGGAGUAAUCCCGAGAAUGAUGAUGAUGCAGUCCACAGGCCAACUUGCCCAUAUCAGUUUCACUACCGGUAUCAUUAUCGGCAUUAUCGACCUGGGCAUUUUAGUGGUGGCGGCAGUAGCGGCGGCAGCAGCAGUGGUGGCAGCAGCAGUGCAUGGAGCUCCAUGUCUGUUUCUUCGUCUACUUUGGGCACGCGGGAGUCUGUGGCUUUGUUGGGUGGUAGUAGAAGAGGUAGGUUGUUGAGUGGGAUGAGGCAGGUGUUGAGCGGUGGAAGCGGUCGAAGCGGUGGAAGCGGUGGGAGUGGGUAUGGACAUAAAAAUGGGCAGUCACCGCGAUAG